AUGUUCUACAGAAAGUUAGAGAAUGGAGAAAUUUUACGUCGAGAUUGGGCAAUAUAUUCUAAAAGCACAGCAACACGAGAGUUAGCAUUUAGAGAUAGUAUUGAAAAGAUAGGCGAAGAUCAUAGAGGCAAUUAUUUGGGUGCGAUUGAACUUUUGUCUGAAUAUGAUCCUUUUUUAAAAUAUCAUAUAAGAAGACUUGCAAAUCGUGGAAAGGACACUGUUUCUUAUUUAUCAAAAGAUAUUUGCGAUGAGAUUGUAGGGAUUAUAUCAAAUGAAGUUUUAAAGAAAAUAGUGAAACAAAUUAAAGUUAAUAAGUAUUAUUCAGUAAGCUUGGAUUCUACGCCAGAUAUAACCCACCAUGACCAGCUUACAAUUAUAUUGCGAUUUUGUGAUAGUAAUGUAUUACUAGUUGAGCGGUUUGUGGGGUUUCAAGAAAACGUUAGACAUGGUGCGAAAGAACUCGAAGAUACCGUCCUGAAUAUUUUGAAAUCAAUGGAAAUACCUUUAAAAGACUGUAGGGGCCAGUCAUACGAUAAUGCGAGCAACAUGAGCGGAAAAUACUCUGAGUUACAGACUCGUAUUAAGGCACGAAAUAAUUUAGCACAUUCGCUAAAUUUAGUUGUACAAAAUGCAGCAGACUGCUGUUUGGAAUCUACGGCGUUCUUUAUGAUGGUACAAGAAAUUUACACCUUUUUUACGGCAUCUUCAUACAAAUGGAACUUGUUAUCUCAGUUUAUAAAAGUUUCAGAAAACGAAAAACUUUUAACUAAUAGAGUUAAUACUACGCGAUGGUUAUCACGAUUUGAUGCCAUUGAAGCCCUAGCAUCAAUAAAAAUAGAGCAAUUAUCUCAAAAUAGAGAAGAAAAGUGUUGUGAGAGUUGA